UUCCGUAAAAAUUCCAAAUUGAAACCUCUCGCCUCUGCCAUUUCCCCUUGUCUGCUUUUCGCGCCAUGGAUUGGUGCAAUAAAACGUCUGUCAUCUGUCUCCUCCCAACCGUUUUGCACGUCCUCGUGCCGCGUUUUGGAAUUUCAUUUAUGGUAGGCGCGCUCUCGGCUUCCCUGCGCCGCCACGCGCCCGAGGACCGACUGGCACCCGUGGCGGAUUACUGACAAACACAUUGGGACCGAUCCAAGCUCCCGUUGCGAUAUAGAAGUAGACGACAGCAGUUGGAAUUAAAUAUACUGACUUCCUGAAAAUUAAAACUAAAAGUCAUGGGCUGUUUCGGCGUGAACAUGGUCAGAAGAAUAGCGCCUGCAUCAUAAGACUAUGUGAAUGAAUGACUGAGUGGGGAUGAGGCGGCUGGAUUCAGACUCCAAUGGCCUUUUCUCAUCCGGAGAAAACUCAGACUGUGAGGACGUAAUGGGAGCGACCUGUGUAGAGGGCGCUGCAGUGUGUGUAUGCAAGAGAGACUCUCGGCCAACCUACUGUGACCAGCAUCAGCAGCCGGAUGCACAGCAGUGUGAUCAGUGUGGGAAGAGCCUCUUUGUGCUGACGCGCUACUCAGAGGGCUACGGCACAGAGGAGGAGGGUGUCCAGUCAGAUCCUCAGGGAGAAAGUGAUGCUGACGCUGAUAUUGAGGACACAGAUAGCAGGGUGCAGGUGUCCGGGUCCCUGCAGCGAAUCAGCUCCCGGAAGCGAAAGCGUCAGCGAAUCACGCGGCAGGACACGACAGAGAGCGAGGACGACGGUGGAAAGUGUCAGAAGCCCCAUCGAUGGAACCUUCGCCUGAGUCCCCACCACGCUCAGAGCAAAACAAUUUUGGAGGAGAGUGUGUCACAAGUGAGGCCCCUAGUACUGAGCCCUCGUUCUGGAGCUGAGGGCCACAAUACAACCAAAACCGUCACCACCACCAGCAGCAGCAGCAGCAGCGGCAGCACUACACAUGAUGACCCCUCCCCCAAGAGAGGCAGCAGAGGGUCGGGGUGGACCCUCCUGGAAUCCCUGUGGCCCUCGGCCCUCUCCAGCUCCAGCUCCAGCACCAGCAGCCGAGGCCGGCUCUUCCUCCUCCUCCUCCUCAUCUUCCUUCCUCUCGCCUUGAGCUUUCUCAUCCUCAUCGUGUCCUUCCUGCUCCCACUGAGUAAUAUUUGACAUUCUCCUUGGAAUACACACAGUAGUGGUACAGUAGAAGCCAUUUCUUCUUCCCUGUUCCAUGUGCUUUCCCGUUCCAUGCAACUUCCAUGAGACAUCCAAGGGGUUUUGGGGCUGGACCUUGCAAGAAGCAAUUAUGUUGCAGUCAAGAAAACACAGUACAAAAUCAGUGGCUCCAACUGUCGCAGUGUGUGGGUGUGCGUGUGUGUGGUGUGUGGUGUGUGGCGGAGAUGUUGGGGUGGGGUGGGUGGAUGUGUGAGUCUCUUCUCAAGUAUAAAAGGGUCUAAAGGGCCACUUGUGGUCUGGAAUCAUACUUUAAUGCGUGGUGGUGGAAGGGGCAUGUGAUCGGCUUUCAUAGGUUAAGGACCCAGGAUUUGGUGCUACGCCUUGACAGCCCUUCAAUAUUCAACAUGGAAAUCUGCAUUCAUCAUUCUUUCCAUUGAGUAUGUGUUUUCAAGUCUGCAACCCACCCCCAAACAAGUAGGCCUACCCUCUUUGAGUCUUUUUGAGGUGUUUAUAUGGAGUUGUCGUAUUGUUGUUAUUGCUGUCGGGUCCAUUGAAGCCACAUAUUGUAUGUUAUGUAGAAAAACAGUCUGAGAACUUAUCCUACGAUUUGCCUAUAUGGGCCUUGUAGUGUCUCUUCCACUUACAAUAAGGUAUUGAAGUUCUUGUGGGAAAGAAAACACUCAUUUAUCUGUCAGUUCGAAUAAGUGCUUAUUUUCAGAAUUUAUUUACGAUUUAAAUGUCCCGGUGAAGCUUAACUUGACCUAGUGUACACAAGGGUGUCCAUGUGACAGUCAUGAGAAUGACACGACACAUGUUAGGAACAUAAAUGACAUGUGAUUGAUGUGUUUAUCUUGUCAUAAUGUCAUUCAGUUUUUGAAACGUGAAGUUGGCAUAGCUUGAGUGCCAUGCCAAUCC